AUGAAGCUCCAAUGGGAUGAACCACUGCCAUCCCAGCUCUCAUCACGGUGGCUCAUUAUCAGAAAAGAACUCACAAGCUUGAUCAAGCUCUCAAUACCUCGGUGGUACAACCAAGGUAGCACCUCUCAAAUCACAUGGAGCACCUCGUCAGUAGAAUUUCACGGCUUUUUUUAUACUUCUCAACUGGCAAUGGCUGCAGUCGUAUUUAUCACCGUCCACGGCUCUAAUGGCGCCACGGUUUCAUUGGUGUACUCCAAAACUAAGGUAGCACCACUCAAACGACUCACCAUCCCGAGACUUGAACUCACCGCAGCACUGCUGCUUUCAAGACUCAUGCAAUACGUUCAAGCCACCUUGAAGUUGAACGUUACAGCAACUCACCUGUGGACGGACUCGGUUGUGACACUCACGUGGAUCAAAUCUCAUGCAUCGCGCUGGAAGAAUUUUGUGAGAAAUCGAGUUUCUCAAAUUCAAAAGCUCACUGCGAAUGCACAUUGGAAAUACGUACGAGGUACGUCCAACCCAGCCGACUGCGCAUCACGAGGAUUAAGUACUGCUCAACUUCAAAGCCACUCAUUAUGGUGGACGGGACCACCGUGGAUUCUCACACUUGAAGCAUGGCCAUCACAACCCGCGCUUCCGGACGAGUUGAACGGUCAUGAGGCUCGUCCUGGCAUUGCUCUAUAUGCAGCUGCAUCUCAGCCGGACUAUCAUUGGGAUCUCAUAUACAAGUUUAUCGCUCUCUUGAGAGGGUUCUGGGACGGGUCGUUGGACUCGCACUCUGCUUUGGAGAAGGCCAGAUUUUUCUGGAUCAAGGCUACUCAAGCGGCAUACUUCACGUACGAGAUCAAGAUACUCACGGCCAACUCGAGACUACCAACUGCUCACGCAUUCAGUCGAUUGACUGCGUACAUAGACGCUCAAGGACUCAUCCGAGUUGGCGGCCGUCUCAAUCAACCAACAUUGGAUCAAGACAACAAACAUCAGACGAUUUUACCUCGCCACUCACGGUUCUCAACCUCAAUCAUCGCCCACGCCCAUUUGCGCACCCUGAAUGGAGGAACAUUGCUGACAUCGGCUCAUGUCAAACAACAAUAA